AUGUUAUCAAGGAAGCAAUACCCUCUCAAGCUCUGCUAGAAGAGUAAAAGCAUAAUUUUAAAAGCCCCUUUUUCCUUUAGAUUUUGGAAAUUGCCAAAUUCACCAAUAACGGUCCGUACCUAAACAAGACAGCUGGAUUUUCCAAGCCAGCGCGGUCGGAAUAUGAAUGGUUUUCCUAAGCUCCCUAAGGCCGGAAUAAGAAUGUCUAUCCGUUAAUGCGAUGUUAAAACAGGAUAAUAAAAGCCAAAUUAGAGGGUCAUUCAAGUGAAGUUUAUUCAGUCAAUUUCUCUUCUGAUGGUACUACAUUAGCAUCUGGUAGUUCAGAUUACUCUAUCCGUUUAUGGGAUGUAAAACCAUCAAAGAAGAUACUCUAAUCAGAUAGAAGCUACAAAGAUCUACUUGCCCAAUUUAAAUUACCACUUCAGAAUAGCUCCUUAUUGGCAAAUGUUAAUCCUUUUGCACAAUAGUUAGAACCCUGUGUUUGAAGCAUCUGGAACACUGAUCUUCUAAGGACAAUUCAUUAUUCAUUAAGGGAAAAAUUUUAAUAUUUUGUUUCUAUCCGAAGGAAGUUGCUU